AUGGAGAACGAAAACACAGACGUGACAGGCCGGACGCCGCAAUUGGCUGCCAAUUCGAUGUUGUCUGUGUACCAGCAGAAGUUUGAGACGUUCAAGACGCUCAAGUCCAAUAGGCGCGAGGGGGCCAACCCCAGUGCUGCGCAGUUGAUCAUGUCACAGAGAGACCCGAACCGGAUCAUUGAGACGUACGACGACUCUGUUGAGUCCUCGUCGUAUGUUCUAGGCGAUAGCAACGGCGAUUUCAGCGAUACGGACGACGAGGUGAAGGUCGAGUCGCCGGAGAUGCCCGCCAAAACAGGCCAGCCUGUUGUCGAGUUCGAGUCGCCGUUGCAGUACAGCGCGGUGGACGAGCAGGAUGCUGGGACGGGUCAGGACGAGGAAGACGAGGACGAGGAGUCCAGUGACGACGAUUACAGCGAAGAAGACGACGGAGAGGACGAUGACGAUGACGAUGACGACGGCGACGAAGAGGACGACGACGAAGAUGAAGAGGACGACGAAGUGUACGAGUCCAGCGUCGAGGAGUACUCGCCAAGCAUUAUGCCGUCGGGUGCGCAGCCAAGCACGGAGGCCACGACGGGCGUUGCCAAAUGGGAGCUGAACCUUAUUUCCCCCAUCAUCCCGGACCUGAUCAACAGCGACGACGAGAAAGAGGAGCUCGAGGACAACAGUCUUAGAGAAGUUUCGCAGGCCUCGGUGGCUUCGAGCACGUCGCCAAUCACAUACACCAAAGUGCACAUUGCGCCUCACGGCGAGCCGCUUGCUCCCAAAAACAGUCCUUUGAUGCUGCAAAACAUUGCUCCUUCGCCAGUCUCCUACGCCUGUCCUUUCUACGAUACCUUGGAAUAUAACCCCAACUGUCCUACCAACGAAUCUUUGCUGCUUACGAUUCUGAAUUACGAGAUGGAUAAUUUGGAUAUUAAGCCUGUUUCUGUUCCGGUGAAGAAACGCGUUGGCCGGUUGUUUUAUCGUUUAUUACAUGCAGGGGGGAUGACUUCGAAUGAGUACCUGGAGAGGUAUCCGUGGGAGAGAUACUAUGAUCUUUCUGAGCAGUAUCAGGAGAACGAGCAGGACGAGGUGGACGAUAGAGAAGAGUUUAACUUCGACAUGAUCCCUCUCAGUGCCAAAAUCAAUCCGUAUACUGCCAAAUCGGACUCUAUCAGAAACAAGAAGCCGCACACGUUCAUCGCGAGCAGUUCCAAGGAGUGA